AAAGAGUGUAGAAAUUUUCGCGAUGCCUGGAAAUAAUCGCAAGUGAUAUUUAAAAUACUUUGAUCUCUAAAUACAAAAUCUCUUGAUUAUUUAUAGUUUGUCAUAAAAAUGUUUUAGUGAUUGUGCAGUGUAAAUUAUUAUAUGAUUAACAUAAGAAAUUGUAUCCACGAUGCAAUGACUUCGAAUAACAGUAGUAACAACAAUCUACCAGUGCAGAGUCCCGUUGUUCGAUCCUCCAGUGUCCUUUCAACUUCCGAUAGCCCACAGUCUGCAAUAACGAUUGCAAUAGCAAAUAAUACAACACCAUCAAUAUCGACACCAUCAGCAGGGACGGCAGAGUUAAGUAAUACAUCCACAAACUUAUGCGUUCGAAGCAUUUCCAAUACAUCGAAUGUAACUGAUAAGUCCGACGAUAAUCUUGACUCAUGUAGUAAAUCAAGUGAUAGUGGCAAUUUGGUAGCCGUCGGUGACACUCUAUCUUGCACCGGUAGCAGCAGUACUAAGCAAGAAAAAAGUUUAGAUAAAUCCGGUAAAAGUCAGAAGAAUCUAACAGAGCGAGCGAAGAAAACACCUUGGUAUAACGCAAUUUAUCCUUCAUAUAAAUCGCGAACCGAAGACUUCAAAAAAUUGUUUAAAGAGGUGCCGACUGAUGAUGAACGCUUAAUUGUGGAUUAUUCCUGUGCUAUACAGAAAGAUAUUUUAGUGCACGGUCGAUUGUAUGUUACGCAAAACUUCCUUUGCUUUCACGCCAAUAUAAUAGUGUGGGAAACUCGGUUGUCAAUUCGCUGGAAGGACGUUACAUCAAUUACCAAGGGAAAAACCGCUCGAGUCAUUCCAAAUGCUAUUCUGGUCUGCACCGAGAAUGACAAGCACUUUCUUACAUCUUUUACGUCACGUGACAAGACGUAUUUGAUGCUUUUUCGAGUUUGGCAGAAUGCAUUAAUGGACAAACCCAUAAACCCGCAAGAAUUGUGGCAGUGGGUGCAUACAUGUUACGGAGAUCAACUUGGUCUUACCAGUGACGACGAAGACUACAUUGAUCCGUACGAUCAAAGCUGUGACAGCGUUAACAUAUCCAAGCAGUCCUCCGAAGAACUUCCUAAAGAAAUAAACGACUGUUCGGACGAAUCUGAAAGCAUCAUGGUGGCAAAGGAAACCAAAUUGACAAAGAAGUCGUCGCUUCCAAAACCAGCCUUCAAUCCGGAGAGCAAUAUAUCAACUCCAUCGGAACUGCUCCCUACGGACAUGUCUGAUUCAACUGAAUCCGAAAAGGAGGAGGAAUUUUUCGCGGGAGUCGAAUGCAACUCACUACAUUCCGGACGUCAGCUGGUGCAUACAAUCCUUCCAAUUAAUGUGGAUAUAUUGUUCGAAUUACUGUUCUCAAAAUCAAAAUUUCUAACUGAAUUUCAUAAUACACGCAAAACAACAGAUAUGAUACACGGCGAAUGGAAGCUCAACAAAGAUGGCCUCAAGGAACGGGUCGUUUGUCUGACUAUUGCUAUUACGCAAACUAUUGGACCGCGAAGUGCUCAGGUCACGGAGACCCAGGUUAUGCGAGAUUGCAGUAAACCUGGUCAUUUGUACUCAAUUGACGUGAAUGCCGUUCAAGGCGGCAUUCCCUAUGCGGAUAGUUUCUAUGUAACGCAGCACUAUUGCAUGUCCCGGACUAAAGACGAUCAUACCGUCCUGUCUGUUCACGCGCAAGUUCACUAUAAAAAGAAUAUAUUCGGGUUUGUUCGAGGUUUUAUCGAAAAAAAUACUUGGGUUGGACUGGAAGAUUUUUAUAAUGCACUUCUUCGAAGUCUGCAAAGUGAAUACUGCAUUCCACCGGCUAAAAGUAAAAGCCGGCGAUCACGAAAAUCCACAUCUUCCCAACACACCAAAAUUGGAGCAUUGGAUGAGCCACUGUUACGGUCUGUCCCGCUGCCGGUAUCGACCAUUGCUGCUGGGGCGAAUAAAGUAACAAAAAAACGCAGCGAUGGUUCACGUACCUUUUUCUCGUGGUUUGUGGUAAUACUGCUGGUGAUUCUUCUAUCCAUCAAUGUGGCCCUUUAUAUGAAACUUUUGAAUCUGGAAGAGGAAAACGAGAGUCUUUUCCGUAACCGCGGCGAUGGCGACAGCAUCCUGGAUAGAAAACUCUUGCAGAGUCCACCGCUAACACAUGCCGAUUGGCUUUCGCUGCUGCAUGAACAAGAAGCGAAGCACGCUAAGGAAAUGGUUAAGUGGCAACAUGUGCUAAACUCUGUUACGGAUCUCCUAAAAAAAGUUAGUAGCAUUUGCGAAAAUAUUCCGGAAAAUGUUUCACAAAGUGAUCAAACUGUUAUCCACAAUGACGAAUUGUAGAAUCAAUAAAACUAGUAUUGUUUAGUGCUUCUCUAGUAUCUAUUCAGAA